AUGGCAUGGAAGAGCAGUGGACUAAUGCGAAUGCGCAGCUAUCUUCUCUUAGUGAUUUUAUUUCUGCCGCACGAGAUGACCUGUUCUGUUUUAACUGUGAAUGGUAAAACUGAGAACUACAUUCUGAAUACCCAGCGUGGCUUUCAAGAAUCUCUGAACUGUGCUAUUCAAAACCACACUAGAGAGGAAGGACUUCUCUGGUACCGAGAAGAAGGGACAGUGGAUUUGAAAUCUGGAAACAAAAUCAAUUCCAGCUCUAUCUGUGUCUCUUCCAUCAGCGAAAACGACAACGGAGUCACCUUUACCUGCAAGCUGCAGAGGGAUCAGUCGGUGUCCAUCUCAGUGGUGCUGAAUGUCAUUUUUCCUCCUCUCCUAAGUGGAGAUCAAUUCCAAGCAAUUGAGGAAGGCAGUGAUGUGAAGUUGGUUUGCAAUGUGAAAUCCAACCCCCAGGCUCAAAUGAUGUGGUACAAAGGCAGUAGCAUCCUGAAUUUAGAGAAAAAUCAUCACCAAGUCCAACAGACAAGUGAGUCUCUUCAACUGUCAAUCACCAAAGUCAAGAAAUCUGACAAUGGAACCUACAGCUGUUUUGCAAAUUCAUCUCUGAAAAUAGAGACAUUGGACUUUCACCUCCUUGUCAAAGACAGAGCUGUGGCUGUACCAGUAGAACCCAUUAUUGCUGCAAGUGUUGUGGUCUUUCUGACACUGUGCUUUGGACUGAUUGCUAGAAGAAACAAAAUAAUGAAGCUCUGCAUAAAGGGUCAAGAUCCUCAAAGAGAAACAGCUUUGUAA